AGUGACAACCAAAGACAACAAACAGACAUCCAUCCUCAGAACUUACUACAAAGUAUGGUCGAUGAGAAAACAGAUGAAGAUACAGUGAAAAUAAAUGAAUUGAAUGAAACUAAUGAUGAAGUGAAACGUUCUGCAAAUGAUUCCCAUGAUAGUUCUGUCCAUAACGACGAUACCUAUAAAGAUGGAGAUCAUUCGUUCUUUGAUACGCAUAAUGUGCUAGAAAUGACUGCUCAAGACUCUUAUGAAGAAUUUUCAGAUGAUGUAGACGAUGAAUUUAAUAAUUAUUCAGAAGCUUCAGCAGAUGAAGACAUAAAAGCUGCUAUGAAUGAAGCUUUAGAUGAGCCGGCAGGACAAGGCUUGGAAGAAGGUGAUGAAAGAGAAGUAAAAUCAGAAGACUUGAAUGGAUUGGAGGAUGAGAAAAUUUCCGAGUCCGGACAGGAUGAAGCUACUCAGAAAGAAAAAGAUUACAUGGAUCACUCAAAAAUAGAAGCCGCCCUAAACUCAGAACAUGGAGAAGAUAUUACAUUUCACCAGAAAGAGGAAGAAAAAGUUUCCAAUGAUGAUGUAUCAGCAACACAAAACGAUAUCCACAAAGCCACGGAAGAACAGGAAGAAGUGAAUGAAGGAGAAUCCGAUAAGCGUGGAACGAAUUUAUCGUUUGAAGAUCAGAAAUAUGAUGAGAGUCAAAUGAAAGAUGAACAGUCAAUCAUUGGAAAACCUGAUGAACUAGAUAAAAGGUCAACAUUUUCAGCAUCUUCUUCGGCGUCUUCUUCUUCUUCAAAAUCCGGAAAAGAUGCUUUUUCUUAUGAUUGGCAAAGUGCUACUCCUCAGAGUAAGGAAGCAAAUGCUGACAGUGCUUCGCAUGAAAAGAACUCUCAAGAACAUCCAGAAGAAUAUUCAAGUAUAGCCUCUAAUGGAUCUCAAAAAUCACACAUAGAAGAAACGAAAGCAGAAUUGAACCGUGAUAUUGUUCUGGAAAAUAAAAUGGAUGAAGGAAAGGAAAAUACUGAAGACGCUGAAACGGACACAAAAAUGAAGGACUUGUCUGUUGCUCCAAAAGAAGCAACUACCUCAACGCUAAAUUCUUUGGAAAGUGGAGAUGCUACACUUCAAGCUACAUCAUCAACCCUUUUUGUAAAUUCAACUCAGCGAAUAGAGCCUUCUGAGCGUGACGUUGAAAAUCAGAAUUCUUUGAGUUUUCCAGCAAAUACGGAUGUCAAUAUUAGCAGUCCACAGCCAGCGAAAGAUACUUCUAAUGAUUAUACCGAAGAUGAAUUGCCUAACUUUGUACUUGAUCCUGCGUCCGAUAUGGCAAAUUUGAACGACGGCUUUUCCAGGUUGGAGCUUGAUAAUACAUCAAGGUCUUCUAAUAGUACUUACGAAGAAUCUCAAUAUAAUGGUGGUAGCUUGGAGCCAAGUACACAGAUUUCUCGUGGUAGACAUGAUUCAUUUUAUGCUCGAGCAACUUCACCGGUGUCUUCUGCAAUUUCUUGGUUUAGCUCUAAACGUAGUGAUUUGAGUCCAGAUGUUUCUUCAACUACCUCGUUCUAUUUAGAAGAAGUCCUUGCAAAGAAUCCUUCAUUAAUUGAUGACAACCGGAAAAAGGAAAUAAUGAAUUUCUUGGAGACUGAACGUCACAUGAUACCUUCAGAAGAAAUUUACAAUCUUUUAUUCGAAUUUAUAGAGAACCCACUUAAAGUUUUAAGGGAGAAGUCAGAAGAGAUCCACGAUCUGAUUUUCAGCCAUGAGGUUCAGGGGGUGCAUACAGUCUUAUGGAAGUCCAUUUCAGCUUGGUCCUCUUUUGAAAAUGAGCGUCAAUAUUCUGAUUUGGUAAGGAAGAGCUGCGAAUCUGAUAAAGCUAUACGUAAAGAUUUGGACAGAACAUUCCCUCCUGAAAUAUUGGAGCGCUUUUUUUCAAACCGUGACCAAAAGUCUCCCGACAUUGUGUCUGAUUCAAUUGCCAAUUUGCACAAAGUACUAAGAUCUCUUGCGAAUGCUAUUCCUGAAGUCGGUUAUACCCAAGGAAUGUCCUGGAUCGCUGGAUCUCUUUUAAUGUAUUUACCUCCUCCUCAGGCUUUUUCAAUGCUCGUUUUUCUUUUUAAGGAGUAUAAUCUACAAAGUAUCUUCUCUCCUGAGUUGAAAGGUUUGAGUCGUAUCAUGUAUCAAUUUACUCAAUUGGUAGAAGAUUUUAUGCCCGCUUUGGCUAUUCAUUUGAAGAAAAACGAGAUUGAUACUUGUUCUUAUGCGUCUGAAUGGUUCCUUACUUUAUUUGCAUAUAAGUUUCCUCUAAAUAUCGUUGCCAAAAUUUACGAUAUAUUGCUUUUCUACGGUCCUACUAUUUUACUAAACAUUGGUCUAGGAUUGCUAAAUAAUAGCGAGAAAAUCCUCUUGAAAUUAAAUAAUGAUGAACUUAUAACAUAUCUGAAGGAUAAUAUUUUCUCCUCUUUUAUGCUGGGCGACGAACCUGACCAGUAUGAUAUGACCAAGAUAUUACAGUGUGCCUUUGCUUUCGAAAUCUCCAAGUCUUCCAUAGAUAAGUAUGGACAUGAAUUUGAUAUAUCUUUAUUAACAGAGAGAGAAGUUGACACGCAAUUGGAAACUACGAAGAACACUAACAAGUCAUUGAAUGAUCACUUCUCGGUGUUGAGUGAAUCUAUGUCCAAAUUACAAAUUGAGCACGAAAGCAUGUCCAGUAUGCUAGUUCAGGAAAAAUUGGUUUUAAAGCGACAAGCAGAAGAGCAAGCUGGAAUGGAGUCAAAAGUCGCUUCUUUACAUGGUCAGCUUUCCAAAAUCAGAUCCGAAGUUGAAUCGUCUUUCCAAGGUGAGAUGGAAGCUAUAAUUGCAGAAAAUCUCAAAAUUAUGUCGGAAGGACAAGUAUUGGAGGAUGAACUUUUUAGAAAGGAAAAACUGCUUGCUGAAACGAAAGUCAACCUGGCUACUAUGGACGGAGAAUAUAUGUUGGCAAUCCAAAAAUGGAGUCAAUUAAUGAAUCGGAUUAAGAAUGGGUAAUCAAAGUUAACAAUUUUGCACAUGAUUUAUCUGAAGGUUUAAGGGAUUGCAUUCCAUGAUAGAAAACUAUGUGCAUUGUACAUGAGAUCUUAGACGACAAAGCAGCUUACUGAUGUAUAGCUUCACCUUAUCAAUAUAAAGGUUACUGAAUUCGCUUGCUUUUAUUUUUAUUAAGCCUGCUUAAAGAAACGAGUUUGUUGCUAGUAUUAUGAUUCUUCUCUCGGCAAUUUGUACUAGUUAGCACUGAAUUUUAUUACAAAUGAAAUAAAAGCUUGUUAACUUCAUUCUUUUUUAACCGUUUUAAUUUUUAUCAUCAAAAGCUGUAAGUGCUAGCACUCGAUAAUCAUGGUGAAAAUGAUUUCUAAUAGUAGACGUUAUAUGAGAUCUAAAAUAGGCAAGCAGUAGUGAAAAACAGCUAAACUUACAAUUCUCGCUUUUUGAAAAAAUCCGUUUAUAUUUACUAGACCUAAUGCUAUCUCAUCUACACAUCCACAAGGGAAG